GAAGCACCGGCCGUGAGGCAUUGUGGGAGAAGAUGGCGGCCGCCGUCCGCUUUCGGGUUGUUAGAGCGCUUCCAAUGUCACGUCCUGCCAUUACUGCAGCAGCCACUUCUGUGUUCUGUGGCUCAUCCCAUCGCCAGCUUCACCAUGCUGUCAUACCUCACGGGAAAGGAGGCCGCUCAUCUGUCAGUGGAGUUGUGGCCACUGUGUUUGGGGCUACAGGAUUCCUGGGUCGAUACGUUGUUAACCACCUUGGACGAAUGGGGUCACAAGUGAUCAUACCAUAUCGGUGUGAUGUAUAUGACAUCAUGCACCUUCGUCUGAUGGGUGACCUGGGCCAGCUUACCUUUCUGGAAUGGGAUGCACGAGACAAAGAUUCUAUCAGGAAAGCAGUGCAGCACAGCAACGUGGUCAUCAAUCUUAUUGGGCGGGAGUGGGAAACCAGAAACUUUGAUUUUGAGGAUGUUUUUGUGAAUAUUCCUCGAGCAAUAGCUCAGGCAUCCAAGGAAGCUGGGGUUGAGAGAUUCAUUCAUGUUUCACACCUGAAUGCCAGUAUGAAGAGUUCUUCUAAGUCCUUGAGGAGCAAGGCAGUGGGAGAGAAGGAAGUGAGAAGUGUGUUUCCUGAAGCCAUCAUCAUACGGCCGUCUGACAUUUUCGGAAGGGAGGACAGGUUCCUUAAUCACUUUGCAAAUUAUCGUUGGUUUCUUGCUGUGCCUCUUGUUUCUUUGGGCUUUAAGACAGUGAAGCAGCCGGUGUAUGUUGCAGAUGUUUCCAAGGGGAUUGUUAAUGCGACUAAGGAUCCAGAUGCCGUAGGAAAAACCUUUGCCUUCACUGGGCCAAACCGGUACCUGCUCUUCCACUUGGUGAAGUACAUCUUUGGCAUGACCCAUCGGACCUUCAUCCCUUACCCUUUGCCACUAUUUGUGUAUAGCUGGAUUGGCAAACUCUUUGGGCUGAGUCCAUUUGAGCCCUGGACGACGAAGGACAAGGUGGAGCGGAUACAUAUCUCAGACGUGAUGCCGACCGACCUGCCUGGCCUGGAAGAUCUUGGUGUUCAGCCCACACCACUGGAGCUCAAGUCCAUUGAGGUGCUACGGCGGCAUCGUACCUACCGAUGGCUGUCUUCUGAGAUCGAGGAAACCAAGCCUGCCAAGACAGUCAACUAUUAGUGUCACCCAGGUCACCUGUGUGCAGUAAAAGAGUCACUCUAUUAAAUAUCCGAGGAUUCGGUCUAUUGCAAGUGUCUUUCUUGACUGAUCAGAGAGGAACUCACAGCCAUUCAGAACUGAGGCUUGUUUUCUAUUAAAUAACUAUAUAUAAUAUCG